UCCCCACAGGUCUGGAUGUGGGUGGCUGCUGUCGGGGGGCUGGUAGGGGCCUGGUGUGUGGGGAUGGUGUGGGGGUGGGGCAGCGAGGGGGGCGGCAUGGGGGUGGUGCUGCCCUUGUCCGUGGUCUGUGGCUGCUUCUCUGCCAUGGUCCUGGGUGCAACACUCACCAUCACCGCCUACAUCAAGCUCUCCGCCAAGCAUCAGGUCACCAUCAGGGUCCCUCCAGAGAUAUCUGCGCUGCACUCCAUCACCUCAAGCAUCCGCUGUGAUGUGGAGUGCUCACUGCCAGCCAGGCAUGGGGUGGUUAUCAGCCGCAAAAUUGACUGUGCCAUCAACGAGCUCAUCGACACAUUCAUUCAGAACAGUGUCACGCCGUGGUACACCACCAUUGUGAGUGACCCGUCCCCCAGCAUUGAGACUCUCAGGAAUGUGUUGUGGUACAGUGUGGUGAGCAUCAAUGACCGGCUCGGCAAGAUGGACCAUGUGCGCUUCCUGACUGGGGGAGUGGUCACCUGCCUCACCCACCACCUGGAGCACAUCCGGGUGGCCCAAGCUGCUGGGGAGGCUCGGGGAGAGAGGGGCAUCUUCCACUUGGUCCCUCAACUCAGCUCACCUGAGAGAGAGAGGAACUUCCUCCGCCUAGUGGCUGAACUACUGGUUGCCCGCUGCCUGCCUCCAGAGUACUCACGAUGCUCUCCACUGCGCAAUCUUCUCAAGGAACUUCUGGCUUGCAAGGUGUUUGAACCGUUGAUUGACCGCGUGUGUGACCCAGACUGGAUCAACCAGCGGCUGGUGGCUUACUUGAGGCAGCAGCAGGCCGCUGAGGAGCUGCACCGCCGCACCUACAUGUAUGCCGCCAGUUAUGAGGACUUCAUCACCCUCAUCCACGACUCCACUGACGUGCAUGACUUAGAGCAUCUCAGCUUUGACAACUUCUUAGAGUUGGUUUUAGCCUCUGAAAGCACAGAAGACUUGCUGAGGAUAAGACGUAACAUCAUCAAUGAAAUCAUGCAAGCAACUGCCAUCAACAACCUCAAGAAGGCCAAAGGGCUGGAUGUGAGUAAGGACAGCACCCCACAAGGGCCAGGCAAGGGAGACCUCUUACAGGCCCGCAACCUGAAGCGUUACAUCAACCAGCUGACAUAUGCCAAGGCCCAGUGUGAAAGACGGAUAGCAGUCCUCAAGAGUGGGAAGGGAGGUGAAGUGGGCGGGUCGGGCUCAUCAGACAAGAAUGAUGCAAGCUUUUCCCUUCAGAAUCUUCCUGGAAGAAAGAUCCUGAUGUUCCAAGCACUCAUGGAGUCAGCAUUUGCUCGACGGUAUUUCUCCAUUUACUUGGAUGAGAUUGGUCAGGGUGCCCUCAUUUGCUUCUGGUCGGCUGUGCAGGAACUGAGACAAGCCGACAAAAGGCUCCACCAUCAGCUGGCUACAGAAAUCUACUACACUUACCUCAGCCCCCAGACGCCUCCUGUCAAAGUGGAUAAGCCAACAUUGCGGGGUGUGGAGGCCUUCCUUCUGGGCAACAGAGGCCCAGAGGUGCUUUAUGAAAUAGGAGAGGAAGUGGAGAGGACACUAGAAGAAAGACAUUACACUGGAUUUCUUGUUUCUUCCACCUACCAUGCCAUGAUUCACCAAGCAGCACUUCAAGGGGUGGACUUCAUGACAGAGUGUGCUGAUGAGACAGGACCUGGCACAGGUGAUGGAGGACCCACAGAGACAGUGGAGCAAGUGCAGUUACAGCUGUCAGACCACUCCACCUAUGCUAGGAACAAGCUUGCACACCUUCAGGAGAGACUCACCAACAAGCUUCUUGCUCUCCAGGCCCUGCGUCAGAGUGGAAAGGCUGACCCUAAGGUCAUCACUCACCUGGAGGGGGAGAUCACACAACUGCGGAGUGACCACAAGCUGUUGGAGACACAUGUAGAAAGAACAGCUCUGUGGAGUGACAACAUUGGGAACUGGAAAGUGCAUGUGCAGAGUGUUCAGUUUGUCGAGGAGAAGGACAUCCCUCACCUUGUGCUUCUUGUCCAUCUUAACUCGGAGGAAAUCAAACCUACCACCACUACAGCAGCCACAACCACCACCGCUACCACCACCACCACCACCACUACCAUUGCCACCAUCACCACCACUGCCACCAUUAACUCUCCUUCUAUCUCUUCCACCUCUAUAAGUCAGGAACUCUCUCCUGGAUCUCUCCUCCCUUCAUCUGGCUCCUCCACCACAUCCACCUCCCCCACUGCUUCCCUGGUCUCCCUGGAGUCUGCUGUGGCUACCUCUGUUCCAGACAAUGGUUGGGUCCUUGUCAGGAAACUGCCACAGCUGAUUGAUCUUCACCGCAAGUUAUGUCAGAUAUCCCCAUGCAUGAAGGCCCUGGAGCUUCCUUCAGUGCCCACCAAGAUCCUGUUUGGUAAGGCCAUGGACAAGACUCACCUGGAGCGUGUGAGGACAGUGGCACAGAACUACUUUGAUGCCAUCUUGAGCGAUGACAAGCUCUGCAACUCUGAGCUCAUCUAUGCCUACCUGUCACCUUCACCUGAGCACCUAAAGCAGGUGGAGAUACAGCGAAAGAAAUCCAAGUUUUCUUUCUCUACAUUCUUCAAAGGGGGAGAUGCCAAAAGUGACAGUGAUGAGGAGGAUAUUGGCCUCAUGAUGGAUGUGGGAGAGACAUCUGGGGACGGUGGCAAGGACUCAGUAGCUGAGCCUCUUUUUUCCUUCUUGGAAGAGCUGUGUGAGCUGAGAGGUGUUAGCAAGUGGCUCAGGAAGACACUUAUCUCCUUCGUGCAGAUCACCUAUGGCAAAACCAUUACCAGACAUGUGCGGGAAACUGUUCUGGGUCUGUUGAGUGAGUCAAUGGUCCUGUAUUACAUGCACACGGUGAGGGACAACCUGUGGCCAUCCCAUGAAGGGUUACAUGCCACUCAGCAGCCACGCACUGAGGAAGACAAACUCAGAACUAGGUAUGAGGCACGUGAACAGUUUGUGAACAACCUGCCAGUGCUGCUGUGCACACUAGUGGGGCAACAAAAUGCCCGCCGGGGAGCCACCAAGCUCUUCACAACACUGCAGCAUCAUGCACUCAACAAAAACCUCUUCUAUGUGAGCUCUGUUUUGUUUCACUGCAUCAUGUUUAUAGUGCUGUGUUGCCAGGUUAAGAAAUUUGCCUGUUGUUUUUCUUCAGAAUGCACAUACAGUGUUUGCUGUGUGGGUAUAGCAUUAUUGUAAUGUUUGAUCAAAUACAUGUUUUAUAUAAAACACAGCAUGUUCAAAAUGUAAAGGUUUCAUAUAUAUAUAUAUAUAUAUAUAUAUAUAUAUAUAUAUAUAUAUAUAUAUAUAUAUAUAUAUAUAUAUAUAUAUAUAUAUAUAUAUAUAUAUAUAUAUAUAUAUAUAUAUAUAUAUAUAUAUAUAUAUAUAUAUAUAUAUAUAUAUAUAUAUAUAUUUUUUUUUUUUUAUGUAGUUGCUCUUCAUGAUAUAAUGUACGCCUUGACCGUAUAUAGGAAAAUCUCUCUCUCUCUCUCUCUCUCUCUCUCUCUCUCUCUCUCUCUCUCUCUCUCUCUCUCUCUCUCUCUCUCUCUCUCUCUCUCUCUCUCUCUCUCUCUCUCUCUCUCUCUCUCUCCUCUCUCUCUCUCUCUCUCUCUCUCUCUCUCUCUCUCUCUCUCUCUCUCUCUCUCUCUCUCUCUCUCUCUCUCUCUCUCUCCCCAAUAUUUGUUGGUGUCUUUCUUCAUCCCUUACUUAUGUUAAGACUUUCUUUGCUCAUCUCAAACAGAAUACUCUCUUGUCCACAGAAUGCCUUGGAGGUGUUACUGAAGGAGCUCUUCCCAGAGCUUCAGGAACACAUAGAUAAGAAGACCUAAACCUCAUACCAUAAUUUUUUAAGUAUUGAUUCUGUUCUGUUCAAAUCAGUCUCAUUAUUACCAUUAAAACAGUCCUAGACACAUGUAAGGCUCCCAGUCAGGAUCAUACAAUUGCUCAGUCAACUUAUGUGAUAUUUGUAAUGAAGUUAAGAGGAGAAAAGAAUUUCAUAUCUAGAAGUAUGGAUUAGUUAUUAAUUAGGACACUGAAGAAUUUCCCCAUGAUUAAGGUUCUUCACCCCAACAUUCCUUAGGUAAAUUGCUAUUUUAUAUCAGCAUAUAUUUUUUUUUAUUUAUGUAUUUUGUUUAUUUAUUUAUUUAUUUAUCUAUUUAUUUAAUUGUAUUUUUUAUUAUUUUUUUUUACAUGUUUAGUUUGCAGAGCAAUGGAAAAGCUGAGGGUAAAUGACUUGUCUGUAUGGGUGAUAGUGAAAUUUUACAGCUUAGUAAUAUGUGCCAUAGGUGAUGAAUAUGUCAUAAAUGUGACUACAUCAAGGAUCAUUGUUGAGAUCUUAUAACAAGUAUAGCUGUCAAGACAAUUGUUUCAAAUUACUGAUAGCUUGGAUAUUGCAAAGGUCAGGUUAUGGAGAAAGAUGAUGGAAUCCAGGAGUAUAGAGAAAAUAUAUAAAUAGGAAAAAAAACUGAUUAUCAGGUUAAAAAGUUCUCUGCUGUAGUGAAGUUAUGUCCAGCUGUGUGCAGGGUAGGUGUGAAUCAUAGUUUCAUUUUAGCAACAAAGCACAAAUGAUGCAUUGAUAUUAUAGCUAGAAUGGAGUAAUAUAGCAGUUACAUUUAUUUUGUGCAAUGGGAACCAAGCAGUGGUGAUGGUGCUGAAAAGAGGAAACAUAAGUAUUUGAAGUUGUAGUGUCAGUAGUAGAGAUAUAUUGCAUUGCCUCAUCUAUGUGGAAAGAAAUAAUGAGAAUGACUGGGAGUGUGUUAAUUACUUCAGAGUGAAAUGCAGAGUAGUAGUUAGAGAUUAAUGAAGAUGUAAUGAAGAAGUGAGGCAAGACUAAAGGUCAGAGAGCUUGAAAAAGUCUGAUAGAGACGAACUCAUAUAAAGAUGAAAUUUGCCUCUCAUAACUGAUGACAAUGACAAAUCUUCCAUUUCUCAUGAAACUUAUGUUAUCUUGUGUUUUUGGUAAAAUAUUGUGUUGAUAAGUAACAUUCCUAUCAUAGGGAAGCUUUAGACAUGCCAAAGAUUUUCUUAAUAUAUCUAUGGUGCAUUUAUGUAUUAUUUUGUGAUGUCAGUUGUUUAUGUGUUGGCUGUGUUGCCAUGAUGAAUGCAUGACCAGGGGUAUGAAAAGCUAUUUAUUCCUGUCUUUCACAAUAUCAGGGUGUGGUAAGUCACGUACGUAAAAUUUUAGGUUGUGAGUGUUUGGAGUUUGAUACCAUGUGUCCUUUGAAUGAAUAACUUAAUUCUCUUGAUGAGUGGUGUGGUUUUGUUAAUGAAUCAUUGGCUUUCAAGAUUGAUGUAACUAAGGUAAUGAACAACAUGGCUGUCUGUGAAUGUUGUGGGUGUGUUAGUGAAUGGCUUGGCUGUGUGAGUGAAUGGAGUGACUGCAUUGGUGAAGGAUGCAAUUCAUCAUGAGUUAUUUAAAUGUGGUAAUGAAUGAUAUGCAUUCUCUCUCUCUCUCUCUCUCUCUCUCUCUCUCUCUCUCUCUCUCUCUCUCUCUCUCUCUCUCUCUCUCUCUCUCUCUCUCUCUCUUUCUCUCUCUCUCUCUCGUACUCAGUUUCUGAACCUUUGAAUGGUUUUCUUCAGUAUUAUAUUUAGCUCUCAGCAACAGUAGUGUUCCUCAUCAGGUCCUGCAGGUGCAGGUGCCAGGUGACUGCAUUAAAGAACACCUGUGUAAUUGUUUGAUAGUAAAAGUCUCUUAUUUAAUGAAUAA